AUGAAGAUAAAUAUAUGUGAAAAUUUGGCACGUCGUUCAGUUGAAAACCAUCUUUUAACAUAUCGUCAUAAUAGACGUGAAGAUGAAAUGCUUGAAGAGAAAUUUUCACUUUAUCAACGACAUAUUCGUCUUGUUGAUCAUCAUAUACAUAUGGCUGAACGUCGUUUUGAACAACAUGCAAAAAAUGAUCUUGGUUUAGUUAUAUCAUAUAAACGUAAACCAUUAGAACCACCAAAAAAUCGUCCAUUCUACUAUGCAUCAACAAAUAGAAAUUGGACAACUAAAGAAUAUUCUGUUAAAUCAUUACAUAAUGUUCUUGAACAUAAAAAUUUAUAUGAAUACGCAUUUGAACGUCGUUCUCAAAAAUAUUAUGAAGAAUUAAAAGAAAAAAAUUAUGAACAAAAAUUACGAAAAGAACUUUUUAUGAAAAGAACAAAAUCAUUUCUACGCGAUGAUUUAGAAAGAAGUAAUGAUUGGCCUACAAUAGAUCAUGCUCGAUGUAAUUUACGAUCAAAUCAUCAUUCAGAAAAGACUCAUUUACCAAAAAUACGUUUUACUACUGAAGUAUAUAAAAAUAAAGUUUUUUAA